UUUAGCUGUAGCAAAUUUUAAAGCUACAUCUCUUAAAGUUAAAUCAAAAUAUUUUACAAAUUUUAAAGCUACAUCUCUUAAAUCUAAAUCAAAAUAUUCUACUGACUAAAAUCUAAAGUAAAUUUUUUACAUUUAUAGCUCAACCAAUCACCCCAUUAUUUUCUAAGCAUAAUAUGGAAAUAUAAUGUUUUCCUUAAGAAAAAAGUGAAGAAUUAUAUUUUGCUUUUCUAUUUGAUAGCAUGAAAAGUGUUCUCCUUAAGCUAUUAUAAAUGAAAAAGUAAUGUAUACAGUACCUUUUUUCUAAAACUGUUUUUCUAAUGUAUACAGUAUUUCGUAUUAAUAUUUCAAAUUUAGAAAAAUCCGUAUUAGUAUCUAUGUAUAUAAUCGCAAAUAUCUAGCUUAUCUAAACGACCAGAUAUUUAAGGAUUAGAUCAACUGAUCAAGGCUAUUUAUCAUCUAAUAUUACGGCUAAGAUCCCACCACUUUGAUAUUAAAAACGUUUAGUUAGAAAAACUUUUUUUUUGGAACUUAACGGAUACGUAAAACAAAAGAGAAAGCAAACAAAAUAUAAAAGAGUGAGAAGAAGAGGACAGAGAGAAGAGACCUUCAAAAACUCAAUUACAAAAGGCUGUUGCUUCGAUUCAACCCCCAACAAGUAAAAAUAGGUUCAAUCGAAGAACCCCACCGGAGUUCCACAGAGGAACUGCAUCAGUCCCGUUCUUGCUGCGGCUUGAGGAAGAAGAAGAAGAAGAGUAGCAAUAACACUAACAACCACAAGGAAGAAGAAGAAGAGAAACCGAAGAUGCAGAGUAGAGAUCCUGCUCAGCCUCAGAACCAGCACAUGGUGAGCUUCAGCUUCAGCAGUCAGAUGUCUAGAGAAGAGGAGGAGAUGGCUCGUUCUGCUCUCUCUGCGUUUAGGGCUAAAGAGGAUGAGAUCGAGAAGAGGAAAAUGGAGGUUCGUGAACGGGUCAAGACUCAGCUUGGUCGUGUCGAGGAAGAAACCAGACGUCUCGCCAACAUCCGCGAGGAGCUUGAGUCUAUGGCAGAUCCAAUGAGGAAGGAAGUUUCUUGGGUGCGUAAGAAGAUCGAUAGCGUCAACAAAGAACUCAAACCAUUAGGCGCAACAGUUCAAAAGAAGGAAAGGGAGUACAAAGAAGCAUUGGAUACAUUCAAUGAGAAGAAUCGUGAGAAAGUUCAGUUGCUCACCAAGCUAAUGGAGGUGGGACAGUUGGUUGGAGAAAGCGAGAAGCUGAGGAUGAAGAAGCUUGAGGAGCUUAGCAUGAACAUAGAAACCGAGUGAUUCUCUAUCUCACAGACAUAAGACCAACCAGCGAAGAACUAAUCUUAUGGCUUAUUAGGGUUAUGUACUUAUGUUAUGGCUCUAUUUGAUGUGUUUUUUUAUUUGUCUUUUGUUUUUAAGUGUUUUUAGUUUUCCAAAAUGGUUUGUGGGUUGAUUUGUAGAACUAUGAUGGGUGUUUAUGUUUUUUGAUUAACCAUAUUAGGGACGGCAAAUGGGAGAUAAUGCUGAAUGCUAAAUGGUUUGUAAGUUUGAAUUACUUUUUUUUUCUUGUUCAUUUUCAAAUAUUAUUUUAUUUAUUUCAGUUUUUAGCUUUAUUUUAAUUUCGUUUCCCCC